UCCCAGAAGGUGGAGUCAUUCACUCUUCUGCUCCUCCUCUUCCUCCUCCCAUGUCUCCUUCUCCUCUAAUUGCCUCAAUUCCAUUCUAACCUCGCCUCAGAUUUUGCGGGUUCCAACUUGUGCUCCUGAAUCCAGGCACCUACCAGCACGCAAUCGCCCAACCAACCAACCAACCAUCAAAGCAGCACUGCGUCUAGUAACGCUUAAGUUAGAGAGACAGACGGGACGGGAAUCAUUUUUGUGUAUCAGCAAAAGCAUUGCUCCUCUUCACGGUCGUGGAGUGACUGUAAGGGAAAGGAGGAAAGCGAAUAGAAAAGGACAGACAUCAAGGUUUGGGUUUUCUUCUUGCAGGUUAAGAGCAAGAUAAGAGAAACUGACUCUAGAAGGAUGUGCGUAGGACACGAGCAAGUGUAAGAAGCUUCAGGAGUGGCUACAACGGCAAGCAAAGAUGUAUGGUUACGGGGGUGGUAUGAUGAGAGGCCCAAUAAAGAACCAAGGACUGUCUAAAAUGGACGAGCUAGAUUAUGAGUUAUGGCACGCGUGUGCUGGGCCUCUCACGUCCGUGCCUCCAGUGGAUAGCCUUGUGAUGUACUGGCCACAGGGGCAUAUUGAGCAGGUGAUUGCAUGUACACCAGAUUCAGCAGGCGCUGCUGAUGUUCGUGAGGCGUCUAGUCAUUUCAAGCUACCUUCUCAUCUGCUUUGCAAGAUAGGUCAACUUGAGCUUCAAGCGGAUCCCCAUACCGAUGAGGUCUUUGCGCAGAUGGACCUUCUCCCUCAAGACGAGGGUUCGUUAACAAAAGAGAUGAAAGAUGCCACACAUGUAGCGAAGCAGAACAACGUUAAGAUGUUCUGCAAGACUCUAACAGCUAGUGACACAAGUACACAUGGAGGAUUUUCGGUUCCAAGGAGAUCGGCUGAAGACUGUCUGCCUUCACUUGACUACACUGCAAAUCCUCCAUGUCAAGAGUUGGUAGCAAAAGACCUGCACGGACACGAGUGGAAGUUUCGACACAUCUAUCGAGGUCAUCCUCGCAGGCACUUGCUCACAACAGGCUGGAGUGCCUUCGUCUCCGCAAAGAAGUUGGUUGCCGGGGACACUGUUAUAUUCCUUCGUGGAGAAAACGGUCAGCUCAGAGUAGGAGUACGAAGGGCAUCGAAGCAGCAACCCCAAGCACGUUCUACCAAUUUCUCGAGCACCAAUCUGCAUCUCGGAGUUCUAGCAGCUGCUUCGCAUGCCUCUCGUGAAGGCAUGCGAUUCAGCGUCAUCUAUAAUCCGAGAACAAGUCCGUCGGAGUUCGUGAUACCUUAUAACAAGUUUUUGAAGGCCAUGGAUAACAAACUUGCAGUUGGAUCUCGAUUCAGGAUGAAAUUUGAAUCAGAGGAAUCCUCUGAGCGAAGGUUCGCAGGUACCAUAACUGAAGUAAGUGACGCAGAUCCAGUUAGAUGGCCUAAUUCCUUAUGGAGGUCAAUGAAAGUUGAAUGGGACGAAGUUAUUUCAGCUAGUGAAAGGCACGAAAGGGUAUCACCAUGGGAGAUCGAGCCCUUUGUGCAGAUCUCGACUUUGCCCCCUCCUCAACUGGGGCCACGGCAGAAGCGCCGCCUACCUACUCUUGUGAAAGAAUCCCCCUUGGGAACCAGUCAAAGUGUGUUGGAUUCUUACCAGUCGAACAAAUUGGCUAAGAUCCUACAGGGUUUUGACCCCCGCAAUGAGUCAAGUAUGGAAGAUGACGAGGAUGGAGAUGUAGCAUGUUCCGGAAAUACCUCGUGGAAUGUGAAGCCUGAGCCACCGCCAAAGGGUCUACCACAGGCAGAGAUCGUACAACAGAGUUGGUUCCCACGUCCAGACAUAUCAUCGUAUGGGAUUCCCGGUGACCCUUAUCAGCCCCUUAUCAGCCCCAGAGUGUCAUCUGUCACGUCGUUUGCACCUCCUCUGGCUGCAGAGAGUAUGGAUCUGCAGCUCUCUGUUAAAUCUGCGAGAUCGGAGCAAGCUCCCAGCAAAGACUAUUCAAGUGCGCCCUGGUCAGACUUCAGUGGGAUUUGUCCUAGCAAUCGGACGGGUGCCUCUUUCCCUGUUCGGGAGUCUCCUUGUCCCUCGAUUAAUCCAAGUUGGCUUUAUUCUGCAUCCACAUCCCGCGCCGUUUUUGAGAGAAGCAUUUUGACCAACUCGCUUCACAGUGAGUCUGCACCAGAAAUGUUACCCCCACAGGCAGUACCGGCUUUUGAAGUGCGAGAUAAAGCACAAUUGGAGAAAGUUGAUACAACUCCGGGAUUGGUGCAGCCGUGCAAGUUGUUUGGGUUUAAUUUGGCUGACAAAAUAGUACCUACUCUUGCCCCAUUACCGCCUAGUCAAGGUGACGUGUCAGAAGGAUUAGUCGAUUCUAUUAGGACUGAUUCUACAUCGCCCACGUCUGGAGGACCUUUUGGAAGCAAGGUUGCAGCCGAAAGUUCCCAAGUUUCCCAGGCCCAUGCUGCUCCAAUGAGGAGUGGUAUCAAGGUGUAUCAACAAGGAAAAGUCGGUCGCACUAUCGAUUUAAGGAAGUGCGAAAGCUACGAUGGCCUGAGGCGAGUGCUGGCAAAUCUGUUUAACCUUCAAGGGCAGCUGGAUGAUGUCACGAAGGGCUGGCAGCUUGUUUACACGGACCACGAGAAUGAUGUUCUUCUCGUUGGGGACGAUCCUUGGGAGGAGUUCUGCGGUUGUGUUCGGAGUCUGAAGAUCCUGUCUCCUCAAGACGCUGCAGGCCAGACAGUGGGGAGAAUCCCUGCAAGCAGCUGCGAGGAAGACGAUGAAUGGCACUGAGAAUUAGUAGCCUAUGGAGGUUUUAAUGGAAGUCUAAGCGAUUGCGGCACAACUGUUCAUAUUGUUGUCCUUUUUGAGAUUUUGAUUGCACCCUCUGAAUUCACAGCUGGUGGCUAGGGAUGGAGGCGUUUUCUCCGCUUCAGGAGAGUUUUGGACUUGCAGAGCCUCUUCCUUGUACAGAAUCCAGUAUAUAUGGUGAUGUUAUACCGACGAAAGUAGGAUUAUAUACAUCGGCAGACAUAUUUGCGGUUAUUUAUAGAGCUCGCAAGAGAUGAAAGUCGAACUGGUGGGCAUCUUUAGAGUGGUGGUCUCUCCACAUGAAUUAUGAAAUGUGUUCCUUGGGGAAUGCUUUCGCUUUUUUAUCUUCGUAGAAUGUACAUUUGGCUAGUCCCUUUGGCACUAGCUCAUUGUAUGUUGCAUGAGUACGUUUAGGCUAGAGAUGGCUUAGAUUUUGGACGAGAUAAUGCCUAAAGUCAUCUAAUGCAACCAUUUGAACCAGGUCUUGUCUCAUUUACUUAGUGGAUAUAGAACUGCACACCGCAAUUUAUGAUUUUGGAAUCAUUUAAAUUAUAUUAGAGUUGUAAGUCUGUUGCAAAUCCACACAUUCCCUUCACAGUAAAGAUUUUUUUUAAUUAC